CUCUCUUUCACCUGCCUCGUCUGAGACGACAGACUCUGCUUGUUUUCCUCUACACUGGCCCUGGUACCCUUCAAAAUGGCUAGAGGAUUGACCCAGAAUAUUCUUGUUUUCUGCUUUGCUUUGUUGCCUCUUCUUGCAUCACUCACGUCCGCUCAUUUGAUUGACGUGUCCGCCUCAACGAAGGAGUGUUUCUUUGAGGAUUUACACCGGAAUGACAAGAUGACCGUCACGUACCAAGUCGGUGGGGGAGGGCACCUUGACAUUGACUUCUGGAUCGCGGAUCCGGAUGGACAUGCUAUGGUCAAGGAUAUCAAGAAGUCUACUGGAGAGCAGUCUAUCACAGCAGUCAAGGACGGACGCCACGAAUACUGCUUCUCGAAUCAAAUGAGUUCUAUUGCGGACAAGAUUGUUAGCUUCAACGUACACGGAGUCAUUUAUGUUGGCGAAGGCGAGGAUGAAACCGUGGCGCCGAUCGAGCGAGAAAUCCGUUAUUUGGCAAACCACCUAACGGCCGUCAAAGAUGAGCAGGAAUACAUCGUCAUCCGUGAACGCACUCACAGGAACACCGCCGAAUCGACAAACGCACGCGUGAAAUGGUGGUCCAUCUUGCAGGCGUUUGUAUUGUUCGCAGUUUGCGCGUGGCAGGUUUAUUAUCUGAAGUCAUUCUUCGAGGUCAAGCGUGUUAUAUGAUCUACAUGGACUAAUACAUACCACGUUUCUUCUACUGGAUCAUCUACUGUGCCCUGGAAGUGCCUUUGGGCACGAUUGCUGUAUGGCCCCGGUGCCUGCUAACAGGCAGGAGGAUGACGGGCGCUUGAAUCCUCACGAUGCCUUCACUCGAUGAAUAGCGGGCAAAAGGCAUGAUUUAUUCUCCUUAACAAAAC